UCUUGAAUUUUAUUCACAUGAGGUGUUAAAUAUUUAAAACCAUGAAGACGAUGAAACAGAUGAGACUCUUGAAUCACACAUCUUUGAGAUGGAAUUUUUUGAGAGCAAUAUCCGCAAACAAUGCUUCAACUAACGUUGCUGAACAACCAGUACCCGUAAAAUCAUGGAAGGAAAUCCCAGGCCCGUCAACAUUGCCCAUCAUUGGCCAGCUACUUCAUUUUCUUCCUGGACAACCGUUACAUGAUGUCAUCAAAAUUCAGAAACAUCUGUACGAAAUGUAUGGGCCCAUAGCCAGAUUGGACGGUGUCUUUGGCAGACCUCCUUUUGUUGUUCUGUAUGAUCCAGAAAGUUGCGCACGAAUUCUACGUGGAGAAAACUGGUUACCAAUACGUCCAGGAAUGGAUUCUUUAUCAUAUUAUCGCAAGACAAUAAAGAAAGAUCGCUUUGAGUUUACUGGUUUAGUUUCAGAUCACGGAGAAGUAUGGAAAAAGUUUCGCUCUGCAAUCAAUCCUGUGUUGCUGCAACCAAAAACUAUUAAGCUGUAUGUCGCAGCUCUCGAGGAAAUAGCAGCAGAUAUGAUUAAAAGGAUGAAAGACAUAAGAGACGAAAACAACAUGCUCAAAGGAGAAUUCGACCAAGAAAUGAAUCUCUGGGCUUUGGAAUCCAUCGGCGUAGUUGCUCUCGGACGUCGAUUGAAUUGCUUUGAUCCAAAUCUCGCAGAAAACUCAAAUGAGAAAAAACUGAUUAAAUGUAUCCACGAUAUCUUCACUACUUCAUUUAAACUGGAUUUCCAAUCGAGCUUGUGGAAGUAUAUUUCAACACGUACUUAUAGGCGGGCAAUGAAAUUAUACGAAGAGCAGGAUAGAUUAGCAAAAUAUUUCGUGGACAAAGCGAGAGAAGAACUGAAAGAAAAGAAAGCAUCAGAAUCUGAAAAAGGAGUGUUGGAAAAGUUAUUGGAAAUUGAUGAAAGAAUAGCUGUUAUAAUGGCUUCUGAUAUGCUUUUUGCUGGAGUUGAUACGACCGCAAAUACAGUGACGUCAAUUCUAUAUCAAUUGGCAAAGAACACAGAGAAACAAGACAAACUCAGAGAAGAAUUACGCACAGAAAAUCCAGAAGAACCCCGAAAAUAUUUAAAAGCCUGUAUUAAAGAGGGAAUGAGGAUUCAACCCGUUGUCGGUGGAAAUUUGCGACAAGUUACUAAGGACUAUGAUAUUUUAGGAUAUAGAAUUCCAACUGGGAUGUACGUGAUGUUCAGCCAUCAACAAAUGUCGAUCAUGGAGAGUCAGUUCCCGAAACCUCUCGAGUACAUUCCAGAAAGGUGGUUGGAGAAGAAUAACCCUCUGUAUUAUAAGAACACUCAUCCGUUUUCUUUUAGUCCUUGGGGGUAUGGCGUCAGAAUGUGCGCAGGUCGCAGAGUAGCAGAGCUGGAGAUAGAAACGUUUCUAGCUAAAGUAAUACAAAACUUCAAAGUAAAAUGGUUCGGUCCAUCGCCCAGAGUGGAGGCUGCCAAUCUAAAUUACGUGAAGGGGCCUUUUAAUUUUAUUUUCAAGGAUGCUUGA